AUGAUCCACCGGGACGUCAAGAGCGCGAACAUGUUCCUCACCUCGCACGGCAUCAUCAAGCUCGGCGACUUCGGCUUCUCCAAGCGCUUCGAGACCACCAUCAGCAGCGAGACGGUCACCGGGACCUUUUUGGGCACCCCCUUCUACCUCUCGCCCGAGAUGUGGGAGGGGAAGCGCUACGGCAAGAAGGCGGACAUCUGGGCCGCCGGCAUCAUCCUGUACGAGAUGCUCAUGGACGGCGCGCGGCCCUUCAGCGCCGUCGGCCCGACGGAGCUCCGCGACUCGGUGCUCCACCAGGACGUCGGGUUGGUGGAGGCCCCGCCGGCGUCUUUGGGGGCGAGCCCCGACCCAGGCCCGCCCCGGCGGGGGCCGUUUUCGCUCGAGAUGCGGGAGCUCGUGCGGUCGAUCUUCACCAAGGACCCGCAUGAGCGGCCGGACGCCGGGAGGCUCCUGCGGACCCCGGUCAUGCAGUACUACUUGCACGUCUUUGAGCGGCACGUGCAGAGUUUGAUGGCCCUCGACGCGCGCGCCCUCGAGCAGGACGCGGACGCCCUGGACGGGCUCGCCUUUCGCGACCCGUCGGAGCGGGAUUUGGUUUUACGAAAUAUCGAAGAGGCGAAGCACCUCAUUGAGGCCGCGAUGCCGCGCGGGUUGCACGAGCGGGACUCCUUGCGCUAUGAGGGGGUGGUGUAUAAGCGAAACAACGACGGGAGUUGGAAGGAGCGCUAUUUGAUCCUGUCCGAGGACUUCUUUAUCAUUUCGUUAUCACGAACGAAGGAAGCGGCGGACGGCACCGAGCGCAGUCGGAAGGUCCCACUCAAGUUGAUAAAGUCUGUCAGCCGUUGCGCCGUGACGGAUCUUCUUUCGAAGUCUUCGGAGGCAGGGGAAGGCGGCAAGAAAGUGCAUCCGGCCUACGCGUUCACGUUGUUUAUGAUUGAGAGCUCACAGCCGAUAUUUUUCGGUGUUCAAAAGGAGGAAGAACUUUACCACUGGACAAAUUGUUUGACUAAAGCACUGAAAAUCGAUUAG